AUGACACCUGGCGGAAAAGCCCCUUCGACCAGCCCCGCAUUUCCGCCCAAGGCCAAAUUUCGUGGCGGAAACCCCAACUCGGCGGCGAAGAAUCACCAAGCUUCGCGAAGCUCGCCGAAAUUCGCGAAUCUGCAGCCACCAGCGUGCGGAUUUUCGGACGACUCUGGCGAUGGACAGAAGCCAGAAGUCGACGACCCUCAAUGUCGCCAAGUCAAUAUCUUUCCGCCAACUACGCUCGCCUCGAACGCCGCGGCGCUUAGCACACCCAAAAAAUGCGGCGGCAGAGGCGGCGGCAGAGGCCGCGGGAAAGGAAAAGGCGGAGAGUGUUUUUCCCAGUCAAGCGGAGCAAGCGGGGUCGAGAUUGCGGGGAAUGCGCACGCGGUCUUCACCCAGUCCCCCGCGAUUCAACCGCGCUGCUUCCCGCCGACGCUUAGCAUCCCGCCGCCCCCGCAGCUGUUUCCCCCCGGCUCCCCUUCCGCGGCUGGCGGAGCCCCGCACCUGCAGGCGCCCGGCACCCCCUGCGCGGGGAUGGUCCGCGCGCCUUCCCACCGCUUCCCCGCGUCGUCGACCGUCAACACCGCGGUCAGCGGGGGGAGCGGGUGGAGCGGCGGUGGCGGCGGAGCGCAACCGGCGGAGAAUAUGAAGCGGAAGCGCCCGCGGUUCGCGGAGGAUCAGCUGGCGCAUUUGGAGGCGCAUUUCGCGGUGGAGCAGGAGCUGACGCCGGCGAGCAAGAAGCAGCUGGCGGCGCGGCUCGGCGUGAAGCCUCGGCAGGUGUGCGUGUGGUUCCAGAACCGCAAAGUGCGGCAGAGAACGCGGGAACGCGAGACGGAGCUGGAGAGCAUGCAAGCCGCGUACGCGAAGCUUCAGGCGACGUGCCGCGAGCUGCAAGACGACUACGAGCUUCUGAAAUCGGACUACCAGGAGUUGCUGCUGCAGAACACGCAGCUCUUCGACAUGAUGCAGGAAAUCGAGCAACAGCUGGGGAACCCGCAGCUUCCGCCCGGCGAGCACCCCGUCACGUCGCGAUUCAACGACACCUCCACCCCGGACAACCAGCUUGGCGGCUAUGCACAGUCGGACCGCGGCGGGCAGUCGAACCAAUCCGAGGACGAAGUGGAGAUUCCUUCUGCCCGGGAGUUCUACCCUGCAGCGGCCGGGGAGGUUUCCAGUUUUACCCCUGCCCCUCCUUCUGGUAACCAGUUCAACAUCUACGUCAAGAAUCAAGCCAAUCAGGGCAAACCCCCUUCGUACGAGAGCAACUCGCCUGAUUCGUCCUUGGACGAAAUCGGCGGCGCGCCUUUCGCGCUUCCCCCUCCCGCCUUCCCCAUGGGCGUUGCGCCCACUUCAGCAUCCCCCGUGCUCUUUGAGCCCCUCGCAGCUUUCGCCAACGCUGGUAACCGCGUGGGGGAAUCUGAGCACUUCGUCGCUCCCUCCAACCAGCAGCAGGGUCCCGAUCUCUAUGACCUCUAUUCCCAAGCUCCCGCUGGCGGUGGUGGCGGCGCCGGCUUUUUGGACAGCUGGAUGGACGGCGACGCGACCGGGAUGCAGCAAUCUGCCGGCUUACCGUUCGGCCUGACGGCAAAGGCUCCGGCGGAAGCGGAGGCGGAGGAUGGGGAGAGUGAUUCCGAGGCUGCGAGGAGAACAGCAGUGUAUGGCGGGAGACAUGCGGCUGAGACCUACGCUGCGUUUGCUCCAAGCGGCGAGCUCGUUGAGAAUAGCUUGCCUCUUGACGGGUUCCCCUCGUGGAAUGGGGGCCUGCCGCAGGCGUGUAUGGAAGGCGCGGGAGAGGCGGAACGGCGAUGCGCUGGUGCGGAAUGCGCGGGCGCAGCGGAGGAUAUGAGCGGAAACAUGAGGGUGAACCAGGAACCGUUUGAUCUUCUGGGAAGCAUGGAGGGCGCGAUGGGAGCGAUGGGGUGUGUAGAGGAUGGCGGCGUGGGUCACGCUGACGCGGGCGCUGGUGUUGCUGCUGCUGACGACAUGGCUAGCAUGUGCGGGUUUGACAUGCACGCUUAUGCGGCUUUCUGA